CGGACGGGGUGGUUGCCCCUCAGGCCAGCCCAGCCAUGCAGUCAGGGUGGCUGCGGACGGUGCCUAGCCCGCUGCUGCUGCCGCUGCUGCUGGUGCUGCUGCUGGUCCCGCCGGCCCUCGGUCAGCACUCGGUGCUGCUGGACGGUGACCUGGUGCUCGGCGGCCUGUUCCCCGUGCACGAGAAGGGUGACGGCACGCCGUGCAGCGCCAAACUGUACAACCGCGGCCUGCAGCGGCUCGAGGCCAUGCUGUUCGCCGUGGACCGCAUCAACAGCGACCGCCGCCUGCUGCCGCACACCACCAUCGGCGUCAACAUCCUGGACACGUGCAGCACCGACACGUACGCGCUCAACCAGUCGCUGGCCUUCAUCAAGGCGCCACUGGACGUCAUGGACACGGUGGCCUUCGAGUGCGCCGACCGGUCCACGCCUCGGCCCAAAUAUCGUUUCAAAUCCGUUAGUGGAGUGGUUGGUGGCUCGUAUAGCACAAUCUCCAUCAACGUCGCCAACUUGUUCAGACUCUUCCGCAUCCCGCAAAUUUCACCAGCUUCCACUGCGCAGGCGUUGAGUGAUAAAACGCGUUAUGAAUUUUUCGCGAGGACAGUGCCACCGGACACGUUUCAGGCCACGGCGUUAGUGGACAUGGUGCAGUUGUUCAACUGGUCUUACGUCAGCACCAUCGCUUCUGAUGGCUAUUACGGUCACAGUGGCAUGGACGCGUUCCACCGCCAGGCUGCCGAGAGGAACAUCUGCAUAGCGGUGGCGGAAAAGGUGCCGCGGGACGCUACGGCCAAAACAUUCGAGAACAUCAUCAUGAACCUGCAGAAGAAGCCGAUGGCGCGGGGAGUGAUCCUAUUCGUCAGAGCCGAAGAUGCAAGGGGCGUGCUGGAGGCGGCGCAGCGCCUGCGGCUGCGCGAGCCGUUCCACUGGAUCGCCAGCGACGGCUGGGGCAAGCAGGAGAGCCUGGUGCAGGGCGUCGAGGAGGUGGCCGAGGGCGCCAUCACCGUGGAGCUGACGUCGCGCCGGGUGGCCGCCUUCGACCGCUACAUGGCCGAGCUGACGCCCGACACGAACCGGCGCAACCCGUGGUUCCGCGACUACUGGCAGGCGUUCUUCGGCUGCUCGCUGGCGCCGGACGCGGCCGAGGACACCGCCUGCGACCCGGCGCUGCGGCUGCGGCCAGAGACCGGCUUCGUCCAGGAGUCCAAGGUGCAGUUCGUCAUUGACGCCGUCUACGCGUUCGCGCACGCUCUCGAGGCACUGCAGCUGAAUGUCUGCGGCGUCAACUUGGCAGUCUGCCAGGAGAUGAGGAAGUAUGACGGAGGCGACUUCUACAAGAAGUACAUCCUCAACGUGUCAUUCACAGACAUGGCUGGAAGUAAAGUGAUGUUUGAUGAACGGGGAGACGGAAUGGCUCGAUACACCAUCUUCAACUAUCAGCGAGACCCAGUCACCGGGCUUCACCAGUAUAAGGUGAUCGGUCAGUGGGAGGGGGAGCUGAACAUGAGCGCCGACAGCGUCCGGUGGAACCGCGGCAUCCACCUGAGAGGACCGACAACCACCGCUCCGGACCCCACCUCUGAUGUCACCACUGACCUGACCAUUGACCUGACCUCUGGCCUUCCGUCCACCACGACCUUAGAUCCUGACACCGGUCAGUCUAAUCCACCUACUGACCUGACCACUGACCUACCCACCACCCCCACCACCGAACUUACCGCUGAUCUAACCUCAGACCUCACCCCUAACCAGACCGAAAACAUCCCUGCCGACAUCCUCUCUAACGUCACCGAAUUGCCUUCGGAGACGACCGAUCCCAGCACGGACGUCCAAUCUGUCUCCAUGACGUCAGAAGCUGCUGUCGAUGUGACGUCACAGGUCGUAGAGAUGGACGGGGACUCGGCUGACCCGGAUGACCUGGUCAAUAGAGUGCCGCUCUCCGUCUGCUCGCUACCCUGUGAAGUCGGAGAGGUCAAGUACAUGCAACAGGGCGAUACGUGCUGCUGGAUGUGUGACAAGUGUGAGCCGUUUGAGUUCAUGAAGGACGAACACACGUGCGAGGACUGUGGUCACGGCCGGUGGCCCUACCCCGACAAGCUCUCCUGCUACGACCUCGAGGUGCAGUACAUGAAGUGGAGCUCACCGCUAGCCAUCGGACCCAUCGCCAUCGCAGUAAUCGGGAUUCUGCUGACGCUGCUGGUGAUAGCGCUGUUCCUGCGGCACGACGAUACACCGAUCGUGAAGGCGUCUGGCCGCGAGCUGAGCUACAUGCUGCUGGCCGGCAUCCUCAUCUGCUACCUCAACACGUUCCUGCUACUCACCAAGCCCAGUCCGGCCGCGUGCGCCCUGCAGCGGGUCGGCGUCGGGCUCGGCUUCGCCUUCAUCUACAGCGCCCUCUUCACCAAGACCAACCGGAUCUCGCGCAUCUUCGACUCGGCGUCGCGCUCUGCCAAGCGUCCGAGCUUCAUCAGCCCCAAGUCCCAGAUCGUGAUCACGACGCUGCUCAUCUCCGUGCAGCUGCUGGCCACGGCCGUGUGGCUGCUGGUCGAGCUGCCCGGCGUGCGCUACGACUACCCGGACCGCGGCCAGGUCAUCCUCAAGUGCCGCAUCAAGGAUUCGUCGUUCCUGGUGUCGCUCGUCUACAACAUGGUGCUGAUCGUCGUGUGCACCGUGUACGCCGUCAAGGCGCGCAAGGUGCCCGAGAACUUCAACGAGACCAAGUUCAUCGCCUUCACCAUGUACACGACGUGCAUCAUCUGGCUGGCGUUUGUGCCCAUCUACUUCGGCACGGGAAACUCGUUCGAGGUUCAGAUCACCACGCUGUGCGUGGCCAUCAGUCUGUCAGCCUCGGUGGCGCUUAUCUGCCUGUACGCGCCCAAGGUCUACAUCAUCGUCUUCCACCCGGAGAAGAACGUGCGGAAGCUGACGAUGAACAGCGCUACCUAUCGAAGAGUGCCGUCAAGUUCGGCGGCACCAUCUCUCAACCACACUUCAGCCACGACCGAGGUGAAGCUGCUGGCGUCCUCGGGGGCCGGCUCCCAGGCCACGGCCACCUCUGUGGUUCCCCAGGAGGACGGCGACCACCGACAGCGGCCCAACAACACGGCGCCCUUAUGAGAGCGGGCCUCGGGCGCGGCCGGCCGUGCGCCGCCGCCGGCGCCGGCCGUGCACGUGGUGGAGAACCCGCUGCCGGCCGAGGAGCCGGCGCUGCGGCGCCGGGUGUCGGCCACCGGCCGCAGCGGCGCCGCCGACUCGGACGGACCGCCCAGCUACGCCUCGGUGGUGGGGCCGGCGCGCGGCGCGCCCGACUGGACGCCAGAGGCGGCCGCCGACUGGCCCGACGAGGACGACUCGACGAGGGCGCACUGCGGCGACUCGCCGCUCUCCAACGGCGUCGAGCCGGCGCUGCUGCCGGCCGCCGACAUUUACUCAGAUGCCAAGGAGUUGGCCAUCUAGGUCGAACUUGGACUGCUACUUCGCAGCAGGAACGAUGCAGGGGAAUUUGGCACAGGAAAGGUCCUUCAUAUGAAAGUUUGUGACUUUGUUCAAGUUUCAGAGAAUGAACUGGAGUGCUACUGGACUGGAAACGAGUGCUAUUGGCAUGUCAAAGCGUGCACACAAGUGCGAUGUCUGUGGAAAUGUGCUGGCUAAGGUUGGGUGUCGAUAAGUGGUUCUGCCGAACUAGAGACGGGUCGGAUUUAAUUAGUGCCCCGCUCUAGGAAUAAGUCCUAUUUUACUGCUUUUUGCCUUGACAGUAUCGAGGUUAUUGAUGAUGGAGGUCGCAUGGGUGAGCCGAUAGUGUAAAGAGGCUAGGCUUGAACGGUGAACGGUUAAAUAUUAUCCUUGCAUUGCCUAUUAUUUGUCAACACGGCUCCUGAAUGUCUUCAUCUCAUGCUGUAUACAUCGACUCUACUCAUUGUGUAUAGUUUUGUUAAACAUACUAUACCUAGAUACAGAUAGUGAAACAUGCGACCGAUCUGCUUAGCUUACCCGGGUCAUAAACGGCGGUCAACGUAGCUGACCUGUGGCCAUUCUCACCUAUCAAUCCAUCGCCUGUUUGAAAAAUGAUUGGCAGAAGCGCACAAAAGUACAUCUUCAACUUAUAAAAAGACUGGAGCCUAACUCCACAAGAACAGAGUAACAGCGGAUCAUAGAAGAGCAUCACAAUGUACUUUAUGACACAUUGGCCCUAUUUUUUUACGCUGUGUACGCAUAUAUUUGUUCAGUCUCUGUAAACUACGCAGGUCUUUUAUUGACGCCCAUACGACUCAGUGAACGAAUACCUAUUGGAGUGCAUCCCUUUCAACGCAAUAGGCUCUUAGUAUUCAUGUGCACUAUAAUUUGUAUGCUUUGCCCUGUGAAGGUGCGUGUGUCUGUGAUAAGUUUAAGUAACUCGUGAGACAUUGCUCUCAAGUCAGUUUUUCAAGUCAGCCAAUAGUCAGUUUUUCAAGGGAGCUUAUAUUUAAAUCUAUCAUGGUUCUUAUUGUCCUCUACGGCAAUAGCGUUUCGGAAGUGUUGUUCUGUGUUUACAUGUGUGCAAGUAGAUGUGACGUUGCUUUCUUGGGUAAUAACAAUCCUACGAUCUCUACCAAUACACCUCUCCGUUUUUAUU